AUGCCCUAUCUCAAAUGGUUCGAAUCUGAGAAGACUCCACCACCACCUCCGUCGCAACGGGUCCUUAUAGACAUGCCGGAUCUUGUAAUGAGAAAGAUUCUAGAAGAAGUGGACCUUGUAUCAAUAAUGAUUCUUCGAAAAGUGUGUCGUGCAUUCCGUAACUAUAUUGAUGACACAAAACCUGACAGCAAAUUGAAAGGAACCACGAUAUACAACUUUUUUGUUGCCGGAGGAGAUCAGAAAACACAAAAACAUAUCCUUCACGAUACGCAAACUCUAUUGCAAUGUGCAACAAAGUUUGUGGUGUUAUUCUGA